GAUUGAGUGCCCUUACUCUGUCCUUGUUUAUCUUGAUUUAUAUAUUAUCAUAGAAAGGAAAGGAAGAAAGUGAGCCAUGAAAUGUCCUGAAGCGUUUAUAUUUUUUUUCAAGGCAGCCAGGCACCAGCCACAGCAGGAAUACAACAGCGGCAGCGACUCGAUUUGCCCUAGCCGUCGGCCGCGGUCUACCACCACCACCAAGGUCGUGAUGGAUACUCAGCUUCUGAGCUUUAACCAGACCAACCUUUCUAUUAAACCCUUGCAGACCCCACCUUUUCGCUUCGCCGGCGUUCACAAUUUUAAUUAUCCUCGAUCUCUUUCCUUUGCCAAAGUUACUGCCUUUGAAUUCUGAAUCUGUCUUGCAUUUCGAAAUAUAUCCUUAUACUGUAAUUGCAUUGAAUGCUGUUUCAGGAUUGAGUUUCAACAGAAUAAGGUGUGCAAUGAAGUCUUAUAAGUUAU